GGUCGCGCCCCUCCCGCCUAGUCUCAGGAGCGCGCUUAAACCGGACCCUCCCUACUGUAUCGAUGAAGCCUCAAAGAUGGCGGACUUCCUGCCGUCCCGAUCCCUGUUUUCUGUGUGUUUCCCAAAGUGUCUCCUCAACAGCAGCGAAGCAGAACAGGCAAGAAGAUCCAAGGAGAUCGACAAGUGCAUCUCGAAGGAUAAACCUUAUGUGAAGCGCCUUGUGAAGAUCUUAUUGCUCGGAGCUGGGGAGAGCGGCAAAUCCACUUUCCUCAAACAGAUGCGCAUCAUACAUGGCCAAGACUUCGAUCAACGGGCCAAAGAGGAGUUCCGGGCUACGAUCUACAGCAAUGUAAUCAAAGGAGUUCGAGUUCUGGUGGACGCACGGGAGAAGCUGCACAUCCCGUGGGGCGACCCCGCCAACCAGGCCCACGGGGACACCAUGAUGGCCUUCAACACGCGCUCCUCCCUCAUAGUCAACGGCAUGGUGGAGAGCAAGGUGUUCCAGCAGUACCUGCCCUCCAUCCGAGCCCUGUGGGCCGACAGCGGCAUCCAGCAGGCCUACGACCGCCGGCGGGAGCUGCAGCUGGGGGAGUCGGUGAAAUAUUUCCUGGAUCACUUGGACAAACUUGGGGACCCCGAUUACCUCCCCUCCCAGCAGGACAUCCUGCUGGCCCGGAAGCCCACGAAGGGCAUCCACGAGUACGACUUCCAGAUCAAGAACGUGCCGUUCAAGAUGGUGGACGUGGGCGGGCAGCGGUCGGAGCGGCGGCACUGGUUCGAGUGCUUCGACAGCAUCACCUCCAUCCUCUUCCUGGCGUCGUCCAGCGAGUACGACCAGGUGCUGAUGGAGGACCGGCAGACCAACCGGCUCCGGGAGUCGCUCGACAUCUUCGAGACCAUCGUCAACAACCGCGUGUUCAGCAGCGUGUCGGUCAUCCUCUUCCUCAACAAGACGGACCUGCUGGAGGAGAAGGUGCCGCGCGUGAGCAUCACGGACUACUUCCCCGAGUUCCAGGGCGAGGCGCAGCGUCUGGCCGACGUGCAGAAGUUCCUGGUGGAGUGCUUCCGGGCGAAGAGGCGGGACCAGCAGCAGAAGCCCCUCUACCACCACUUCACCACCGCCAUCAACACCGAGAACAUUCGGCUGGUGUUCCGCGACGUCAAGGACACCAUCCUGCACGACAACCUCAAACAGCUCAUGCUGCAGUGACGUCGCCCUGUUUUUCUCUUAAAGAGCGGAAAAGAAAGCGAGGCUGUAAACGGUUGUUGUUACCUGUACCCCUCUCCCCUGUCCCGACUCUUACUUCACAAGGACCCCCCCGUCUCAAUCCUCCUUUUUUUUUUAAACUCUCCGGCUUUUAACUGCAUAUAAAAAAAAACGAUGGCCCCCUCUGGACGUCUGAGAUUUCAGUCGGUGGUUUGGACG